AUGUGUGGCUUUCUUUCGCUUCUUUAUUUCUAUUUGUUCAUGAGCUUUUUUUAUCCUUUGUUUCGUUUGUUUCUUCUUCCCGCCCUUCUGUCCUUGUUUUCUUUAUUCUCUUUUCGCUUUUUUCUCUCUCUCUAUUUUACACUUAUUUUAUAUUUUCUCCUCCCUUUUAUGUCUUUCUCCUUUUUCUUUCUUUCACCCUUCUUUUCUUCAUUUUUCCUAUUUUAUUUUUAUUUCCUUUUUUUUUUCUUUAUUUUACUUCUUCCCUUUAUUUCUUCUGUCAUUUCUUUUUCUCCUUUCCUUUCUCUCGCCUUUGUUUUCUCUUCUGUUAUCCUUUUCUCCUCUUUCUCCCCUUCUGCCUGUUUUUUUUUUUCCUCUUUUUCUUUUAAUCUAUUCAUUCUCUUCCAUAUUCUUUCGUCCUUUUUGAUUUUGUUUUUCUUGUUCUUUUUAUAUAAAAUUUUUUCAUUCUUUUUUCUUUCUUAUUUUCUUCUCUUUUAUCUAAUUCCCGUCAUUUUUCUCCUUCUCUUCAUCUUCUCUUUUUCUAAAUCUAUUUUUCUCUUAUCCUUUUUAUUUGCACCUAAGCAUUGCUUUCUUUACUAUUUGUCUUUUCAAAAGCCAUGUUUUGUUAACACUCUUCCCGCCAAUCCUCUCACCUCGUCUUUCUUUUCAACAUUCCGUGAUCUCGCCGGCUUUGUUUGA